AUGCCGAUCCCUAUGCAAGUGUCCCUUCCACUCGCUCUGCAUCUCCGCAGCCCGCAAACGUACAAUAUACUGACCGACGAGCGCUGGAAGCCAGGUGAGGAUACAGAGUAUAUGUUCGUGUCGUUGACCUGCACUCAGAAAUUCCAACGCUUCUCUCUAAACGACUUUGCCUUCAUGGAACAGCAAUCUGGUCGGGCCCAAGCGACUCUACUGUUUGCCGCCAUCUUGCGUGACAUUUUCAAUCACCCAGACUGGUCGCAGUUGCAUAAUUUCUUCAGCAAACGAUAUCCUGCAGGACAGGACUCAGAAGAUGUCAACAUGCGGACUCUCAACCCGCCCAAGGAACUGUCUACCUGGAAGAAGCCCACCGUGGUCGAUUUCAUGACAGAUCCUAGCUCUGUCGGGCUGCCCAAGGACUUGGCCACGCUGCUUGCAACUGCCGGUCGCACCUCACGCGCACGCUUGAUGGGCCCCGACCCACAGCCCUGCGCAAUCGGCCCUGCCAUCAGUGUAGCCUGCGGCGCGGGCGCAUACAUGGACCUCACCUAUGCCGGCCAGCCACCCGGGAAAUAUGAAAAGAUGACAUACGCAUACGGGGAACUGUACGGCUGGAAAAAGGACAAGUUUGAAGUGAUAGCAGGCGCUAUUCCAACAACCAAAAAGGGCGGACGGGAUCGAUACUGGGCCGAGUGGGCAAUUCUAUGGUCGGUCAUCUCGGAAUGGGCAUACGAGCACGACAGCACGGCUCUUCAGUUAGGCCAUCUGAGCACUCAUAGCUUCAAGUAUCGGCUGAGUCCAGAGGAGGACCGAUCUUUCGACCACUUUGGCAAGAUUCCGCGUAAAUAUCUCAAGACCGACGCCAUUGCGGCCGCUGAUGCCAUCCACGAUGUUUUCAAGCAACUUGCUCAAGAACCGCGGCUUUUCCAAGGGGUGGAAUGGGACUUUUGGAUAUAG